UUUUUUUUUUUUUUUGGUACAAUUUUAUAAACUUUUUAAUAGUUAGGCUCAACUGAUGUAGCGGUGGAGUCGUGGUGCCAGGUGGGGAAAAAGGGCCAAAUGACAUAUGAUACCACGUGGCGCGUUCUUAUUGGUUCGCGCGAGCUGGAGCCUUCUCUGAUUGGUCCGUUCCCCCAAGACCCACGUUGCAAACUCAACCCCCUUGACCCUUCGUUGAUUUCUGAGCACUUUUUUUCUCGAAAAUAUGAAGACUUCGUAUAAUCUUCCACAGUUAAUCAUAGCAAUAAGAAAUCAUAAAUCUUUCGAAUCAUACAUUCAUAUUCAUACGACUCCGAACAUUCGUACUUCCAAUCGUGCUACCUCUCGUGGAGGAAUUCGCAAAUCCGUAGGCUGCUGAUGUUGUUGGCUUGACGAUCCGAUCCAAAACCCUAGCUGCGAUCGUGUUUCUAAUUUUGAUUUCUGUGCCUUGCGGUUAUGGCGCUUCGCAGAUCGAAAUUGUUGCUGUUUUUGUGCUUAGCAUCGUAUUACCUGAUCGCCAUUGCAGCGAAGAGUUACUAUGAUAUUCUGCAAGUGCCAAAAGGAGCCUCGGAUGAGCAGAUUAAACGUGCCUAUCGGAAGCUUGCUUUGAAGUAUCAUCCGGAUAAGAAUCCAGGAAAUGAAGAGGCGAAUAAGAAAUUCGCAGAGAUUAAUAAUGCUUAUGAAGUUUUGUCGGAUGGUGAAAAGAGAAGCAUAUAUGAUAGAUAUGGUGAAGAAGGUCUUAAACAGCAUGCUGCUAGUGGAGGCAAAGGAGGGGUUCAUGAAUUCAGCAAGCUAAGUCACUGCAUGAUAUUUUUUGGUGGAGGUUCAAUGGAAGAGGAAGAGAAGGUUGUGAAAGGCGAUGAUGUGAUUGUUGAUUUGGAUGCCACACUUGAAGAUCUUUAUUUGGGGGGAACUCUGAAGACUUACGCAAGUAAGAGACGUUGCAAUUGUAGAAAUGAGGUUUAUCACAGGCAAAUUGGUCCGGGAAUGUUUCAGCAGAUGACGGAGGAGGUUUGUGAUCAGUGCCCUAAUGUGAAGUAUGAAAGGGAGGGUGAUUUUGUCACUGUGGAUAUUGAGAAAGGAAUGCAGGAUGGACAAGAGGUGGUAUUUUAUGAAGAAGGUGAACCAAAAAUUGAUGGUGAGCCUGGAGAUCUUAAGUUCCGCAUACGCACGGCACCCCAUGACCGCUUCAGAAGGGAAGGCAAUGACUUGCAUACCACAGUCACUAUUACCCUGGUUCAAGCUCUUGUUGGCUUCGAGAAAACCAUUAAACACCUUGACGAACAUUUGGUGGACAUCAGCUUCAAGGGUAUAACUAAGCCAAAGGAAGUACGAAAAUAUAAAGGCGAAGGUAUGCCACUACAUUUUAACAAUAAGAAGGGAAAUUUGUACGUCACGUUUGAGGUUCUAUUCCCAACCUUAUUAACAGAGGAUCAGAAGACAAAGAUCAAGGAAGCACUAGAAUUCCUAUCCUUCAUGAAACUAUUCAGAUCUGUGAGAUAUUAA